UUUCUUCUGUCUUCAUUCAUUGGUACACAAAAUAACUAUGACAUUGAAAGCCCCAUAUCCACUAGUAUUUUGCUUCCUUCUCUUUGCCUUCUCAGCCAAGCUAGGGUCGGUUGCAGCCGAUGCUGCUCCUUCCCCAGUGCUUGACAUCACCGGCAACAAGCUCCAAACCGGAGUCGAUUAUCACAUCUUGCCGGUCAUCCGUGGGAGAGGUGGUGGGCUUACUCUGGCCAGCACUAGCAACAAGACCAGCUGCCCACUUGAUGUUGUUCAAGAACAAAAUGAGGUCUCCAAUGGUCUUUCACUGAAAUUCUCGCCUGUGAAUGUCACGAAAGGCGUUGUUCGUGUAUCAACUGAUCUUAACAUCAAGUUCUCUGCUACUACAAUCUGUGUUCAAUCUACGGUGUGGAAGUUGGGCAAAUUUGAUGAACAAACAGGACAGUGGUUUGUCACGAGUGGUGGGGUUGAGGACAAUCCGGGUCGUCAAACCACAAGCAAUUGGUUUAAGAUUGAGAAAUUUGGUGAUGACUACAAGCUCGCUUUCUGUCCAACAGUGUGCAAUUUCUGCAAAGUUAUAUGUAGAGAUGUUGGCAUUUUUUUUCAAGACGGGAAAAGGCGUCUUGCUCUCAGUGAUGUGCCAUUCAGAGCCAUGUUCAAGAAAGUAUGAACUGAAAAAUUAAGAAUGCGCUAACAUGCAUUUUUGAAAUUAAUGUAUGAUUAUGUUUUGCUUCAAUAAAAUUUCAUUCAAGUUACUUUCA